AACUGUGGUCAGUUUCAAAUGAGCUAUCGCUCAGCAAGGGACGUGAACUUUACUCGUACGUUCCAUCCAUUCAAUAGCCAUGAUGACGACGACGCCGCUAGUCUGGGCUCCGUGCUGCAACGAUGAAGUCGAGAUUAUCUUCUACGAUGAAGAGUACCGUGAGCAGUCGAUGGAUGUUUUGCGGAAGUCAUUUUUUCUCAACGAAUGCGUUUGCAUCGGGUCGGAAGUGAACUUGGAUCUGCAAGCGCAAGUCGAUUUGGAACAACUCUGCCUGGACGUGGGUCGUAGUGGAACGUCUCUGAUUGCGAGGCACGUGCCUAGUAACAAAAUCGUUGGCGUUUCGUUCAAUGUGUUACAGACGCCAAGCGCACCCGGCGAUCUCAACUACUUUGAGACGUUCCGCGAUCAGCACUGCAUAUCGGAAAGUUCUAAGAAUCUCAUGCAGUACAUGAUCACGAUGGACGGCAAGGUGAACCUGUUCGAAAAAUUCAACAUUGACUGUCUAUUCGAAAUCAUGUUCCUGGCCACGCUUCCGGAAUUCGAAGGGAAGGGCAUCGGAUCAGCGCUAGUAUCUUGUUCCAUUGAACUGGCUAAACUGUUGAAAGAUGGUCAAGCAACAGAGAAUCUCCCAGACGAUUCCAAGCACAAGCGACCAAAACUGGUAUCAGCGCUGUUCACUUCGAAAAUUUCACAACGAGUGGGAAUGAAAAAUCAUUUCGAGGCAAUAAAUGAAGUUCCGCAUGCGGAAUUCGUGUUUCGUGGUAAAACGUACACCGAUCGUAUAGGGCCUGAGCAUCCAACAUCAAUACUGGUAGUGAGAGAAAUCUGAUGUGAUAAUUGGCACAGUUAAGCAUCCAACGAGCAGUGACCCAUAUGAUUGACAAAAAAAGUGCUCAUGAAAAAUUGCUAAAACAAAAAUGAAGAAAAUUUCCAUAAACAUGCAUGAGCUAUAAAUGAGAAUUAAAACAAUUAUUAAAUUAAAAAUCGUAGUACAACAUCAGCUAUAUAAAAUUCAAAAUUUCCAAAAAUAAACCAGAACAGCUCAUACAAGAUUUGAACGGUUAUAGGAUUUUCUACCCAAUGCUUGAAAUUUGAUUAUUGCUUUUUAGUAAUUUUUUUUUCAAUUAAGAUGAAACGAAUCAGUAUUCAAUUUCAAAAUUACAUUACUAUUUCUUAAGCACAUAUCACUCAAAAAAGAAACAUAUAUCCACAAACAGCAUUUUUAUUUAUGCUGCUUUAUAACAUGAGUAAAAAUACGAUUAUCAGUUGUGUUUUGUGUUCAUCGACUCACGAUUGUUCGUCCUUUAAUAUUUAAUUAGAAAAUAUGUGUGGUUUGUAUGAUGGAUUUUUUUUAUUAAAUCUUUAUUAUCGUGAUUUCUAAACUAAAUAAAGUUCAUCACAAUUUGUAUGAUGGAAUAUUUUCACCCGUUUUAUAUCGAAUUGAUAUUUUGUUCCAUCUAAUUUCACUAUUUUGUGGAGUCAAAUAUGAGACACCGGAAAUCGCCUUCUUACUCUUGAAAUCGAAAUAUGUAUCUGUAGUGUAGUGUAGUGUAGUUAAAUGGAAUGAUAUGAAUAUUCCAAUUAUCCCUGCAUUAUUGCUAAUUUUAAAGCUUUUUGUGAACAUUUAUUUUUAUGUUAAGGGGGGUUUAUUGUGUUGUCGACGCAAAUAAUGCUUAUCUCACCGAAAUAAACUGACGCACGUUAUCUGUACGCCGACUGAUACAGCAACGAUUAAUAUAGUUGUGCUCCAGAUAUUCGAAAAUAUUAUGUAAAAGCCAAUAAUUGAGUUCGACUAAAUCAUGCAGGUUUUUUUAAACAAUAUACUCAUUUGCAAUAAAUGUUUAAUAGUUCA